GUUACAGAUGCAUCAGCAAUGAGGUAAUAAUAAAUGAACUCAAGGUAUAUAGCUCCCAAGCGAAUUGCGAAUGCAGAACAUGUGACGCACAAGAGGCAAUGUCGGCUCUUGCUCGCUGCUUCCUGAUCCCCAUGCUCUUUGCAGCAGCAGUGCAGGUCGCAUCCUCGUCGGCGGCGGCGGAGGCGGUGGGAGUCACAGUGAGAGCAAGGCCAGACGAUGAGCAGGAGGAGGAGAAGCCAUCCAUCUACCUCGUGUCGGUGCACGGCGAGCCGCCAUUAUUGGCCGCGGCGGCAGUUGGCCGGAACGCGACAUGGUACCACCGAGCACAGAAGCGGAGGGCAGCGAUGCUCCACGACCGGCUCCUCCAGCGCGCCAUGGACGACGACGACGACGGCGCCGGAGGUUCAGGUUCGUGCUGGUGCCGGAAGCUCUACAGCUUCCACCACUCCGUCAACGGGUUCGCCGUCCACGCGACGGCCUCGCUGGCCGAGCGGCUGCGAGCGGUGCCAGAGGUGGCGGCGGUAGAGGAGGACGUGGGGACGCGGCUCAUGACCACGUACACGCCGCGGCUCCUUGGUCUCCCCGACGGUGUGUGGCGGCGGCGGCGGCACCGGGACAGCGGCAAAGGGGACGACGACGGGGAGGGCGUGGUCGUCGGCGUCGUCGACUCGGGCGUCGACCCCGCACACCCCAGCUUCGCGUACGUGCCACGGCCAGAGGCGGCGACUGAUCCGCCGGACCCGGACGACGACGACGGUGGCACGUUCGCCGGGGUCGGUCGUUGCAGCGUCGGGCCCAUGUUCCCGCCUGGCUCCUGCAACGGCAAGAUCGUGACGGCGAGGUACUUCGCCGCCGGCGCCGCGGCCGUGCUUCCGCUCGACCCCUCACGCGACCUGUCGCCGUUCGACGCCGAGGGGCACGGCAGCCACGUUGCUUCGGUAGCGGCGGGGAACCGGGGAGUGCCGGUGGUCGUCGGCGGUGCCAUGUACGGCUUCGCCAGCGGCAUGGCGCCGAGUGCAAGGCUAGCUGUGUACAAGGCUGUAUACCCGGCUGGAGGAACAAUGGCUGAUCUCAUCGCUGCCAUAGAUCAAGCAACAGAAGACCAGGUGGACGUGCUGGUACUGUCUGUUGGACCAGAUGAGCGUCCUGCCAGCAAGGUCACGUUCCUCAGCAUGCUGGAUGUCGCUCUGCUGUACGCAAGGAGAGCCGGCGUGUUCGUCGCUCAGGCCGCCGGCAACCGUGGGCCGGCCGAGUCUUCCGUCGUCUCCUACAGCCCGUGGGUGACGACCGUCGCCGCCGCCACCACCGGCCGGAGCUACACGUCGUGGCUGGUCCUCGGCGAUGGUCGCCGCAUUCCGGGACUCGGAUUGUCCGCGCCGACGAUCAUGGCCAGGCUCGUCGCGGCCAAGGACGCUGCGGCGCCGGACGCGGCCAGCAUGGAACGCGCGGAGGAAUGCCAGGACGCGGAGGCGCUGCGGUGGCGCGGCGCCGACGACGUGCUGCGCGGCAGCAUCGUGGUCUGCUCCUUCUCGCGAGGGUUCUACAACGGCACGUCGACGGUGACCGCCAUCCUCGACGUGGCGGAGGCUCUCGGGUUCGCGGGCUUCGUCCUCGUGGCCGACGCGCGGCACGGCGGCGACUUCCUCGCGCAGCCGCUCCCUCUCGCCGUCGUCCCGGGCGUCAUGGUCCCUCGCGUCGCCGACGCGCUGGUGCUCUGGUCGUACUACGCGGCGCACACGGUGUACGGCGGCGGCACCGCGACCGUGUUCGGCGCCACGGCGGCGAUCACGGAAGGGAGAGUCGCCGCGUUUAACGACGCGGCGCCGGUGGUGGCGCGGUACUCGUCGCGAGGGCCGGACGUCACGGACGGGGAGUCGACGCCGGCGGACGUGCUGAAGCCGGACAUCCUCGCUCCCGGCGACCAGAUAUGGGCGGCCUGGAGCGCGGUCAGCGUCAACGAGGCAAUCCUCGCCGGCGACCGUUUCGCGAUGAUAUCAGGCACCAGCAUGGCGGCGCCACAUAUCGGCGGCGUGGCGGCGCUCAUCAAGCAGAGGCACCCGUCGUGGGGGCCGGCGGCCGUCGCCUCCGCGCUGUCCACCACCGCGCGGAGGCACGACGGGCAGAAGCGCCCGAUCAUGUCGGAGGGCUUCGAGAUCGGCGGCUCGCUGCACCGGGCGACGCCGUUCGACUACGGCGCCGGGUUCGUGAACCCCACCGGCGCGCUGGACCCCGGGCUGGUCGUGGCGCCAGAGCCCGAUGACUUCACCAGUUUCCUCUGCUCCCUGCCACAGCUCAGCCCCGACGACGUGGUGGCCGCCACCGGUUUGCCCUGCCAGGCGUCGCUGGUUUCUCCGGUGGACCUCAACCUGCCGUCGGUCACCGUCUCCGCGCUGCGAGGCUCGCUGUCCGUCCGGCGAAGGGUGACGAACGUGGCGGGCAACGCGGAGACGUACCUCUGCUCGGCUCUGCCGCCGGCCGGGGUGGACGUCACCGUGCGACCAGGGUGGUUCGAGGUGGCGCCGGGGGAAACGCAGGAGGUGGUGAUCGCGCUCAGAGUGACCAGGGCGUCACACGCGUUCGGCUUCGGUGAGAUACUUCUCGCCGGGAGCUUGGACCACCUCGUGAGGCUGCCGCUGGCCGUGCGACCCGUUUCUACGUGACAGAAAUGGUCGGGAGUGAAGUGCUCGCGAAAUCAGCUCCAAGAACUAUGAUUCGACAAGUGUAGGAAAAAUUACAUGGGAUGGAUCGAGGUCAAGAGAGAAUGGUAGGAACGACGGAAACAUAUGAUCCAGUAUUUUUUUUUCUAUUACAGCAAGGAUAAGCAAAUGGACGAGGAUUGUUCAUUCUUUCAAAAA